GGAAAAACAUUUUUUCUUUCAUACCUACUGGUACGCUGACUGCUUCUAGGACUGCCUACAGUGUAUCGUGAGAGUGAUCAGUGCUGCUUUUUGUUUGAUCAUGAGUUACCAGGUAUGGUAGUUAAUGCACAACUACUCUUGGAUCAUCUACCUGGUAUGCCACAAGAUCUAUGGAUUUUCACUAACGAAGGUCUUAUCAAUCCUGCCUGGAGUCGGCGCAUGUUCAAAUGGUUCCUUGUAUUUUCCUCCUCUCGUGCGAAUACAUCACCUUCAUACAGGUGCUGAAAGGAUAGGAAUGUCAGAGUACACUAUAUGAGCAACUGGAAAUGGGAGGAAAUAGUGGCUGCAUUAUGGUACAGUUCCGAAUAUUUACUGGAGAACCAUUAGGUUCACAGUUUCGUAAUCAUAGAGUCUGCAUUGCUAAAGAGCCUACUGAAGCUGAAAUUGGGAGACUUUAUACCAGCUUUGUAUUUCUGGCACCGAUUGCAAGGACCUGCCUGCAGUCAAUAUAUGUCACUUGUCCUAGUAAUUACCUUACAGGUGUCCAAAAAAGGUGCAGACAGGUUAAGGAGGCCAUUGCAUGCUCGGUCAAGUCUGGGGUUUAUCUGGAUCUGAAGAUUUCUGUAAUCCAGGAGUCAUCACACAAGUUGGCCCAUACGGAACCAGGCUACAAGGAAGAGUAGUACACUUCAUAAAAUUGUGACACGAUGGUUAGACUACUGCAUCCACAAGAGUUCACAGUACUACUCACAGCAGAAUGGAUUUGAGCUUUAUAAGUACCUUUCCCGCCAAAAGGCUCUGAGGACCGCAGCAGGUUAGUUUUUUGAAGGCUAUGUUCAUGACUGGUUUCACCGCGGUCGCCACUUCACUGCCUAAGAACUUACAAACACUGGCGUUCAGCUUUUAUCUUUUGUAUUUGAUAUUGCAGCGAAGAAAUCAGCCUCUUGAAAUUAUUUUACCACACCCCAUGCUCACGAUACCCAGGUGCGACCACUUAAAUGACACGGGAUUGUGCAUGCUAGCACAGGAAAAUAUUUUCUCCCAGUCCGCAGUAACAAUGAGAGUCUUUAUAUACUCCUAUUCCAUGCUAUACAUACCAUAGUUGUGUUUCAAAUUACUAUUGCUUGAAAACAUCCAAUCAAGCCUCACAGGAUCACUGAAAUCCUUCAACCCUUGCCUGCUACAGUCAGGAACAUAAACAUCAUCUUGGUGGUUCCUGAAGACUGUAUCACUUCCUUCUCCAAACCAUACCAAGUUGCUCUGGCAACAGAUGUCAGACACCUCAGUAUACAGGUAAACAUUAGGCAGUUUCGAAUUGUG